UCGGUCUGCCUGUCGCGGGAGCGGUGGGCACUCCCCUCCCCCCGCCCUCCUCCGUGAGCUUCUAGGUUCCUUUGCCGGUCCGGGCCCAGUCGGCUUCAGUCAGGGAGGCGGACGCUCUGUCGCGGUCUCGCCCCGGGGCCGGGGUUCGAGCCGCUGGGGGUAAGGAUGCAGCGGGUGCGGGAGCAGCCGCCCCGUGAUUGGCUGUGGAGCCUGUGAACCCGGAGUAAAGAUGGCGGGCGGGCAGGCCGCCGCCGCUCUGCCCACUCGGAAGAUGGCGGCGCGACGCGGCCUCAUCACCCGCGGCCGGGGGCUCCUGCGCGUGGCGGCCGGCCGGCUACUGCCGGUGCUCUUGCUGGGCUGCUGCUGUAGCGCGGGCAGCUGCGUGGCGGCCGGCGAGAACGAGGAGACGGUGAUCAUCGGGCUGCGGCUGGAGGACACGAACGACGUGUCUUUCAUGGAGGGGGGGGCGCUGCGGGUAAGCGAGCGGACGAAGGUCAAGCUACGGGUGUACGGGCAGAACAUCAACAACGAGACGUGGUCCCGCAUCGCCUUCACCGAGCAAGAGCGCGGCCGCCAAGGGCCCGGCGCGGGCGAGCGCGCGCUGGGGGGCCCCGCGCCUCCGGAGCCCGACGGCGGCCCGCAGCGCUGCGGCAUCCGUACCUCAGAUAUCAUCAUCCAGCCGCACAUCGUGCUUAACCGCCGUACCUCGGGGAUCAUCGAGAUCGAGAUCAAGCCGCUGCGCAAGAUGGAGAAGAGCAAGUCCUACUACCUGUGCACGUCGCUGUCCACGCCCGCGCUGGGCGCCGGCGGCGCCGGCUCCGCGGGGGUCGCAGGCUCUGCCAAGAGCGGCGCGGGGGUGGCUGGGCUGCAGCCGCCCCCAUGGGCCGAGACCACCUGGAUCUACCACGAUGGCGAGGACACCAAGAUGAUCGUGGGAGAGGAGAAGAAGUUCCUGCUUCCCUUCUGGCUGCAGGUGAUCUUCAUCUCGCUACUGCUGUGCCUGUCUGGCAUGUUCAGCGGCCUCAACCUGGGGCUUAUGGCCCUGGACCCGAUGGAGCUGCGCAUCGUGCAGAACUGCGGCACCGAGAAGGAGAAGAACUACGCCAAGCGCAUCGAGCCCGUGCGCAGGCAGGGCAACUACCUGCUGUGCUCGCUGCUGCUGGGCAACGUGCUGGUCAACACCACGCUCACCAUCCUGCUGGACGACAUCGCCGGCUCGGGCCUCGUGGCAGUGGUGGUCUCCACCAUUGGCAUCGUCAUCUUUGGGGAGAUCGUCCCGCAAGCCAUUUGCUCCCGCCACGGCCUGGCAGUGGGGGCCAACACCAUCUUCCUCACCAAGUUCUUCAUGAUGAUGACUUUCCCCGCGUCUUACCCGGUCAGCAAGCUACUGGACUGUGUCCUGGGCCAGGAGAUAGGCACUGUGUACAACCGGGAGAAGCUACUAGAGAUGCUCCGAGUCACUGAUCCCUACAACGAUCUCGUUAAGGAGGAGCUGAACAUAAUCCAAGGGGCGCUGGAGCUCCGAACCAAGACUGUGGAGGACGUGAUGACUCCGCUCCGGGACUGCUUCAUGAUCACCGGCGAGGCCAUACUGGACUUCAAUACUAUGUCGGAGAUCAUGGAGAGCGGCUACACUCGCAUUCCAGUGUUUGAGGGAGAGCGCUCCAACAUCGUGGACCUGCUCUUUGUAAAGGACUUAGCCUUCGUGGAUCCAGAUGACUGUACUCCCUUAAAAACCAUCACCAAGUUUUAUAACCAUCCCUUGCACUUCGUUUUCAAUGACACCAAGUUGGACGCAAUGCUGGAAGAGUUUAAGAAAGGGAAAUCACACCUGGCAAUUGUACAGCGGGUAAACAACGAGGGCGAAGGAGACCCAUUUUACGAGGUUCUGGGCAUUGUCACCUUGGAAGACGUGAUUGAAGAAAUCAUCAAGUCAGAGAUCCUAGAUGAAACAGACUUAUACACCGAUAACAGAACGAAAAAGAAGGUGGCCCACCGUGAAAGAAAGCAAGACUUUUCUGCCUUCAAGCAGACAGACAGCGAGAUGAAGGUUAAAAUCUCCCCGCAGCUUCUCCUGGCCAUGCACCGUUUCCUAGCAACAGAAGUAGAAGCAUUUAGCCCAUCCCAGAUGUCAGAGAAGAUCCUUCUAAGACUGCUAAAGCACCCCAAUGUCAUCCAGGAGCUGAAGUACGAUGAGAAGAACAAGAAAGCCCCUGAGUUCUACCUCUACCAGCGCAACAAGCCCGUGGACUACUUCGUGCUCAUCCUGCAGGGGAAGGUGGAAGUGGAGGCCGGGAAGGAAGGCAUGAAGUUCGAAGCCAGCGCCUUCUCCUACUACGGCGUGAUGGCCCUCACGGCCUCCCCAGUUCCUUUGUCCCUGUCCCGUACCUUUGUUGUCAGCAGAACAGAGUUGUUAGCAGCAGGCUCUCCAGGUGAGAAUAAGUCCCCUCCACGCCCGUGUGGCCUGAACCACUCAGACUCCCUCAGUCGAAGUGAUCGGCUGGAUGCGGUGACGCCGACACUGGGCAGCAGCAAUAACCAGCUGAACUCCUCCUUCCUGCAAGUCUACAUCCCCGACUACUCCGUGCGGGCCCUCUCGGACCUGCAGUUUGUCAAGAUCUCCAGACAGCAAUACCAAAAUGCCUUGAUGGCAUCCCGAAUGGACAAAACCCCUCCGUCUUCAGACAGUGAAAACACUAAAAUUGAAUUGACUCUCACGGAGCUGCACGACGGGUUGCCGGACGAGAAGGCCAACCUGCUUACAGAGCAGAACUGCGUGGCACACGCCAAGGCCAACCACAGCCUGCAUGGGGAGGGCGCCAUCUAGUGGCCGGCGCGGGGCCGCGGGGGGGGGGGGGCUGGCAGCGUGUCUGCGACACUGAGACCAAAGACUCUGCCCUCCCUGCCAGAGGCGGGGAGCCGUGAAGGGACAGAGGCAGGAGCGAGCGUGGGAGCGACAUGGGGCGUGGCGCCGGGCCGCGGAGCAGAGCUCCGGCCCCACAGAAUCAUGUUUAUUUUUGCAGCUGUACCUUGAUCAUUACUCUCCCGCAAUCUGCAUGAAGCUGAAAAUUGUCGCGGUUUAUUUUUUCAAGAGAUCAUGUUUUUUAAAAGUGUCUCUUGCAGAGUUUUACGUCAUUCUGUCUAACUCUGCUGUGGUCCGCGCUGCGACCCAGACAGGACGGACUCAGACCCAGGGCCCGUGGGGCGCUGUGGACGCUCGGGGAGCGGGGGUCCCACCUGGGAUGCUCUCCGCCCACACCCCUUCCCCUCCCGGGUGGCCGUUUGCCUGGGAAUGUAAUUUCACUCACCGUAAGGAAUUUUUAUCACCAGAAUGAAUGAGGCCUCGGUUUGUCACUUGCAGGAGGCGGGGUCCCUGCAGUGCCCCCCACCCCCAUGCGUGCUCUGGGUCCCAGCACCGCACUCCUCCCUGCCAAGCUUAGGUGCUGGCAGAUGGGCGACCUCGGCCUUGGUGGGAGGGCAUUUCCAGAACCCUGUUUUGAAGGGGGAACCCCAGCCUCUGCCCCUCCUUGCAGACCUGGGGCCUAGCCACCCAGUGGCCCCUUGGGCACCGGAGACCGCAAAGGGAUUCAGAAGCCAAACACGUGAGGCGGCUGCUUCGUGCAUUCCCUGGCUGAUACCAAAUUCACCGCAUGUAGUGGCGGCCACGGGUGCCUCUCUGUGGCUGAAUAACCCACGUGUCUAAGCUUAAAGCCCUGGCCCGGGGAUCUGUCCCCGGCAGUGUUCGUGCCCAUCCCAACCUCGGCUCAGUGAGACUGUCCCCAGCCAGCGGCCACCCCACCCCCACCCCUGGCGGUGUGGAGUCGGAGCCGGUUCUGCCCGGGUCGGGCGGUGACCGUCUUGGCCUCUUCCUCUGUCGGGUGCAGGGCCACACUGGCCCCUCUCGUGCUGUGGAUGUGGUCCCAGGGAGCCCCACGCUGUCAGGGACCCACCUUUGAGGACUCAUCCGUUGAACACAGUGCCAGGGACACAGGUGUGAUGGUGAGCGCACUCUGGAGCAGAGGGACCCUGGGCGGGCGGGGCGCCCCAACACCGCAGCCUGACGCCCUGGUCUUGGGCUUGGCCUCGGCUGAUCUGUGCUGUGUUACAGCAAGGUACCCAGAAGCUGGGCUCGCAUCUGCGCCCCUGUCACACAGGGCUCCCUGCGGCAGCCUCGCUGCUUCUUCUAGGCCCCUCUCUCCCCUCGGACACAGGACACUGACCCCAGGCAGUUGGAGGAGACGCGCAGGGUGGGUACCCCAAAGCCAGAGCCAGCAUGGGACAGGUGGUCAGGAUCUUAAGGCACAGCCCCCACUCGGCAAACUCUGGCUGGAUCGUCCCCCCUCGGCCACUGUCUCCCAGUGCAGGAGGGAUGAUGGGUGCCACCGUGCUCCGCCAGGCCCUCCCCUCCCCUCUCUCCCCUCCUCUUCAUUCUCUCCUCUGGGGCGCCCCAAACCUGGCUUCCUCGUGUCUGGUUGUUCCCAGGACACUUUGCCUUCUCUCUGUGCAGUGGGAGGCUUCCCUCCUAGGUCUUAGCGGCUCCGCCCUUUCAUUGUUCUGUUCUGUGUGAUCAGGCAAGUCCAAAAUUAUGUAUUUAAACUCGUGGGAAAACAGGACUAUAUGAUUUGUGCAUGGAUUUUGGGGCUCAAAUCAACUAGCUUGAACCUUGGUUUCUGAGUAAUGUGAAGGGCGCCACAUGGACUCAGCCAGGAUGAGCACAGGCGCAGCUGGUCCCCAGCCGGGGGAGCUGGGCUGUGCCAUCGCCUACCUGUGGCCUCUCCAGGAACUUGUACAGACAAGCUUGAGUGCAGAGCUUCCUGCUAACAUGGAACGUGAACUGUGAAUGGAUUUAACCUGCCAUCCCCCUUGCACGCCGCUAACGGACCAGCUUCUCCAAGCCUAGGAGAGUACAGUGGAUUCCAGUAGAAACCCAUUUUCCCCAGGAAAUGGAGCAGCAGCAUUCUGAGCUGAGUAGGGUCCAUGGACUCCUUUCUCCAGAUUUCAGUAGGCUGGCCAGUUUGAACCUGUGUUUCGUCUGGGAACAACACUGCCGGCCCCAACAUCCUCUCAAGGCCUGGGCCCAGCAAGAGAGGUCCCAUGCAGCCGACCUCAGAGCAAGGUGGGGAGGUGCCCACUUCCUGUGCCUCCUAGGCUGAGCUUCCUCCACGCUCUGGGUAGGGCCCACAGAUGGGCUCUUCUGGCCAGGCUAAGCCUACAAGGAAGGCCAGGCAGCUUCUGCAGCCCUGACACUGGCUCUCCCUUCUGGGCUGUGGUGCUUCUGCCCUACAAGAGUAACUGGGAGGGUUUUAGUGAACCCAGAAUUUGGACUUGGGAUUCUCAUACAGGCUCACCAGUACGUGAUCUGCUCAGUGGACCUCCAUACCUCAGGGCUGUGUUAAUUUUUCUUCCGUGAUUGAGUGGACUGAUUUGAGAAAUAGGUCCGGAGGUAUCUAGGUCGAGGUUCAGUGCCCUGCUCUGAGGAGUGAGUGGUGCCCGGCCCAAGCCUGCUCAUCUAGUGCUGUCCUUCAUGGUGGCCACGUGGGCUUUCCCCCACCAGCAGCCUGCAGCCAGUGCUUGCUUGCUGGCUUUUCCACUGCAGCUCCCUGCUCUGAAGUCUCCUCUUCCAGAGUCCCUGGUUAGCCCUAGGAUAGGAGGAGGGGAUGGCUGUUCAGAGCAGCUGCAGAGAGGCAGCAACCUUCUUCCUGCUGCCUUGGGCUGGGAAGCUUUACUUCUCAGACUCUGUAACCUUUAUCUGGUGCCAAAGCCAGGACAUCACAACUAGACAUGCUUAAACAUCUGAUGGAAAACCCCAGGUGGUACUUAAAACACCACGGGACCAGAGGCACUAGUGGCAAGAGAGUCAAGUUGUAGGUGUUCCUAUUUGAAGGUUCGUGUGUUAUAGAGGCCCAGUACGUAAGCAAGAAAGACUCGAGUUCAUGGAUGACAUUUCCAGGACUUGCUGCCAUCGAGACUGGUAUAUGAUGGCUGGCUGGCUGGGGGCUGCCCUGCUUCACUGGGGGCACCUGGUAUGUGCUGGGUCAGGUCCACGUCAUUUCACUUAGGAAGAAACCCUGAGGAGGACUAUCAAGUGGGUCUCUUUCUUGGAGACUCAGGCCCUUUGAGGAUCACAAACAGUUGGUACCCAGGCCCUACAAGCAGGAGCUGGGGAGGAGCAUCCCACCCAGCUGCUGACUCACUGCUCCCUGUGUCUGCUGUCUGUGAAAGUGGCACGAAUCCACUGACUUGUUUUUGCAGCCUUUAAAUCUGCAAGUGUAUAUGCUUUAUUUUAUAUUAUUUAUUAUGUACAUAUGCCUCUUCUGUUAGCCCGUCUGUGAUGCAGAGGCCCCUCACCCGUGAGCCUGGGGUUCUGCUGUCCCUUACGUUGGGUGAGAGGGCAAUAGUUUGCUCUGUCCUGGGAAAAAUAUGCUGUGCUUCGGCUGGCCCUAGGAUCCUAGCCCUUUAUUGGGCUGACCUCCCUCCUGAUGCCCAGUGUGGGAAGAAUGGAGCCGUGUCCCUGUGAAGUACUGAGGAGGUAGUUUUGGUGGCUGGCUCUCCUGUGCAGCAGGACAGUGUGGCUGUGAGACCACAGUUUCUCUCCGCUUUCCAUCCUCCUCCCAAGCCAAGUCAGCUGCCCUGGGCCCACAGCGACAGCCUCCACUGUCCCGGAACUGCAGAGCCCACCUCUGCAGACCGUGGAGCUGCCUGCCCAUCUGGGCACCUCUGUUGCCUUUCCUUGCGAGUGCAGGGCCAGUGCCGCCCUGGUCCUCACACCCCCGCUUUUGUCUCUCGUCCUCCUCAGUCAUCACCACCCUUCAGCACCCUGUCAUAGUGUCCACUUCAUGCUUUGUGCAGCGCAGGUCUUCUGAGCACGGCGCUCCAAGCUGUGCAACGCGACAUAAGCACAAGUCAAGUCUGCAGGGUCCAGAGCCAACGGUCAUGACACAUUUUAUAACUCAAAUGAUGUUGUAGAUUUACAAUCUCUAUUUAUUUUGUACCAAUUUAUUUGUAAAUUUUGUGAUUGUUUUAAAAAGGUUUUUAUUUCUAUUCUAUUUAGAUAAACGAUGAUUUUCUGUUCA